AUGAACCACAUCAUGGGGCUAGAUGCAAAAGGCCAACCAGCGGCGUGGCAGAAAGCCAGUCAGAGAUGCUCAGUUACUACUACUAGUGGCAGGUCACCGAUCCAGCUGGCCCGACUCCCCCGAUACUCGAUGCUGUAUCACCAAGAUCCCGGGCGUAUCCUGGACAGCGGACGAGCCAAGCCAGCUUCACAUCCCCUCACUGUCACGCUUUCUGCGACAGCCACCGUUGGCGGGGGCCCUCCGAGUCCCGAGGCUCUUCUCCACCACUCACAACGGGAAUCUUGCUCCAGCACUCUACAGUACGCAGUGCGUACGAAGUACUCGAGAGUCGUAUGGACGAUGGUACGGUACAGUUGUAACAAGGUGGACGGAAUAUUGCCCAGGGGAAGAACCCGGGCCCCAAUAACAGGUCGACAGAGCCAUGGUGUGCAACCAAAAGCGCCUCUCCUUGGUUUGGGUUCUCAGGAGAGUUACAUUCCCCCUCGGUCACUGACCUCUGCUAUAGAGACUGAGUGUGCCGCCAGCUCAGAUCAGCAACGUCUGCAGCUCCAGCUUGUUGUCAAAGCGGGCUCCCCUGUUUCCUUUCCUUUGGCGGACGCAAUUCUGCUUUCCGACCGACUUCUGCCCUCUGGCUUCUGCCCUGCCAGCCUUAGCCCGUUUGUAUCCCCUGCUUGCUCGUCCUUUGCCCCCACCCACAAUGAAAAACCCCAUCACCAUCAUAUUCCCCCCUACCCCUCCCCAUGCAACGCAUCGCCCUGCUACAGGCACAGUCUAGCUACAUGCGCCAUAAUGAAAGGCAAGUUCACUGCAGACUCCCUUCAUGACCAUUCUCCGUGGGGCCUACAGUACGCAGCAUGUAUCUGGCGUUUCCUUGGCCUAGACUCAGAGACUGCUAAAGCAAUACAAGCCAGAGGUAUCCGUACUCAAAAGUCUCGACCCGACAUAUUCGUAUACAAAGAGUCAAGAAGCCAACUCUGGCCCCCAACACACGACACUCUUUCUUGUACUCCCGCUUCCCUAGCCGAACCCUACGCACACGGCCUCAUCGGCGCAUCCUGCAACAUCAAUCCCAUCUUGACACUCUUCACUUGUCACUCGCAACUGCACCGGUUCUCAAACACCACCCGCGUGGCUUGGAAGUCUUCUAUCCAUGCGCUCGCCUACCAUUCUUCUACCACGUCGUCUACCGCUCUCACUCCCCUCACAACAACCUGCUUCCACUUACGCCUCGAACCACGCAUAGAACCAACCCAAUUGGCAUCCUUAGAAACGCGAGACCGAUUGGACAUAAUCAACUGCCCGUCUCCCAUCCAUACCUUCGGUUCUCAUUUGGUGCCGCCAUUGGCCUCUCGCCGUCUCUUGCCACAUACUACGCCCUUCUAUCAUCUUAACACGAACACGCGCUCCCGGACCUGGCUUGUCCCCGGCACUUGCUUGGAUAAUCAUCACCCUCCCGCACACCAAAAGACACCGCCUCGCCUGUCUGCGAGUUUCAUGUCGCAGCAAUCUUUGGUCCAGACAUUAACAGUCGAUCUUUCACGCUCACCCUGA